AAUGCAUUAAAAUAAUGCUGAUCUAAUAAGACCAGGUUGUAGAGGUGGACACGAUUAAUUUAAUUGGGAAUCAUUGAGAACAAUGAAAUAUCAUGAUCGUGAAUAAUAUUUGGGUUAAACAACAAUUAUUGGAUAUUUGGAUAAGGGAGGAAAAUGGAGAAAGAAAAAUUGGUAUAAUAAAAUAGAAGAUCGUAAUGGUAUUGAUUUUAAUUGUAUAAUAAUAUUAUAUUAUAAAUUAGAAUUAGACGAAGAAUUUAAAAGAGCAAAAGAUGAAGAUGAAAGAAGAAUAAGAAUUACAUUAGGUUUAGAAUAACCAAAUGAAUAAAAAUAGAUGUAAGUGAAAUUAACCAAAGAAGAAAUGGCAUAGUUAACUAGAAAAUCUAAAAUUGAUUUUGAUGAUGAAUUUAAUAAUGAUAAGAAGGGUUUGGGAAAUGGUCCCAUGAAGAGAUAAACUAAAAAUACAGAAGCUUAAUAUUUAUUAGAAGCUUAUGGUGAUUAAGAUUAAUACUAAGUUUAAAUGAAAAAAGAGGAAGAUGGAUGUAUUGAGAAGAAAAUUAAAAAAGAAAAAAAGAAGAAGGAAAAAAAAGAGAAGAAGAAUAAAGAGGAAAAAAAGAAUAAAAAACAUAAAGAGAAUGAAGAAAAAAAAGAAAGGAAAAAAAAAAAAUGA